GCGAUCAGCAGCGAUCAUGAGUGAAGGGAGCCAUCCUACUCUUUACAUAAUUUUAGACAAUCCUGAUAUUUCUUAUUUUUAUCUUGAAGAAGAAAAUGACAUAAGUUCCCCUCCAACUGACCAGCUUACAUACAGUGGUCUUUCUAUUGUUGAUCCAAUUUGGGAAACUAUAGACCCAAAUCCAAACCUCCAGACCCUGUAUAAUGACUUCAAUGAGCGCAUAUUUUCUGGUAUGUUGCCUGAGAUUGAAGUCAAAUGGAGCAACAGAAUGACUCGAGCGACUGGAGCUUGCUAUCCAUUUUUCGAUGAGGAAGGGAAUUGCGUACAAUGCAGAAUAUACCUGAGCAAGCCUAUACUUGAGUUGCGGCCUAGAAGGGAUACAGUGGAAACUCUCCUUCAUGAGAUGAUUCACGCCUUCCAGUGCUUCCGAAAAACAAAAGAUGAAGGUGAUGAUCAUGGGCCAAAUUUCCAGAAUUUUGUGGAAAUCCUUAAUGAUUCUCUUGGCACAAAUAUAACAGUAAGUGCAUCAUUAGAAGUGUAUGUGUGUGUACAGCAGCCCUCUUAAUUAUAUAUUUAUGGUAAUAUU